CUCCUCCUCCUUCAUUCCUUGUCCUGCUCUCUCCACACGUGAGCAGUGACGAGGAAAUGAAUUCAGAGGACGACGUGCUGAACUAUCUUGUUCAGACAGGAGCGGUAACUCCUGAUUUUCCAGCAGAUCUUGACCCUCCAUCAGAGGCUGCUUCUUCAUCAGAGGCCGCUCCUCCAUCAGAGCCGGAUCCUCCAUCAGUGCCUGACUUCCUUUCAGAGCCUGAUUUUAAUUAUUCAGAAGAGCCUGAGAGAGGAAAUCCGAUCCCAGGGCCUUCUCGAAUUGCAGAGUCAAGCUGCAUUUGUCCGAUGAGCAGGAAAUUAGAUAUAGCUUCACAUGUAGAGCGAAAGCUUGGCAAAAUUGUUGUGGAAGAGAAGCUGAAGGAUCAUACGGUAAAGAGAGUCUUGCGCCUUUUUCAUGAGAUUGGCUUUGAAUCUCUUCCUCUCACCAAAGCCACUCUAGUACACACUCCCAGGGCUAAAGUCAUCACUCGUUCAGUUCCCCCUGGAGAGUAUUUGCACUUUGGAAUUCAGGAUUUUUUGCUUUCUUUCCCUGAUGAAUCGUACAUCGCUUCUUUGAGCACCAUUUCUCUCGAUGUACAUAUUGACGAAGCGCCGCUUUUCGGCAAUCGUCUGUGGGCAAUACAAGGUGCAUUUCCAAAGCAAAAUCAAUUUUCUCCAUUCCUUAUUGGAGCAUAUGUCGGGAAAGAGAAUCCUGAAUCGCGAGAUGAAUUCCUUUCUGAAUUCAUUGAUGAGUGCAAUUUGCUAAUGGAGCAGGGCAUUAUUUGCACGAAGGACGGCCUUCGUAAGCCUUUUCAAAUUAAUCUCUUUUGCGCAGACUCUCUCGCCAGAGCUUUUGUCACAGCCACCCAAUAUCCCACAGGAUAUCAUUCUUGUUUUAAAUGCGAUCAGAUUGGCUUCAAGAUCGGUAGAAGGACAGCCUUUUCUCUUACUGUUGCUUCUCCACGCACUCAAGAGACAUUCCGUCUCAGACAAGACCCACUGCAUCAUCAUUCAAUGGUCCCUUCGGGACUUGAAAAGAUAUCCAAUUUUGAUAUUGUGGAACAGAUCAUAAUUGAUCCAAUGCACAUUGUGGAUUUGGGUGUUGUUAAAAAGAUGAUUGAGCUCUUUUAUAAAGAGGGAUGUGUUGGAUUUAAACUUUCUUCUGAUGGUCAAAUUUCUAUCGAUCAAUUUUACUGUGCCCUUGCUCCGUUCAUACCAACAAAUUUUGCUCGUGUCCCUGUUGGAUUUGAUGACCUCUCAGAUUGGAAAGCCACUCAAUUCAGAUGCUUUGGAGCUUAUACCGGCCUCAUCACAUACCAUGCUUUUAUGCCAAACGAUUUUUAUCGUCAUUUCCUUUUGCUAUUUUGCAGCAUAAGGUUGCUCUCCAAUUCUAAGAUGAGUGAAGCUGAUGUUCAAUUGGCCAAGAGCCUUCUUGAAAGUUUCGUUUUGCAAUUCCCAGAUUUUUAUGGGCGAGAUAGAGUAAGUUAUAACGUACAUGCUUUGCUGCAUUUGAGUGAUUGUGCUGCAAAAUUUGGGCCACUACCAGGUUUUGCAGCCUUUCGAUUUGAAAAUUUUUUUCGCGAAAUAAAGGAUAAUGUAUCCAAGACACAUCAGAUUCUGGCUCAACUUCGCAAUAGAAAUGCUGAGCAAUCUUAUAUUGCACGUUCUCAAUAUCAGUCAUCUUCAUCUGCCGCGUUUGCUGAUCCACUUCCACAACACAGCCAAAGCUAUGGCUCGAAUUUCGCUUAUAAAACAUUUGCAUUUUCAAAUUUCACUAUUACAGCAGGUCGUCGGGAUGGGUGCUGUAUGCUUACUGGAAACAUUCCUGUUUCUGUGCUUGCUUUUGGAAAGCAAAAUGAUAUUGAUGGAUUCAUUGGCAAGAGGUACCUCAAUCCCAGACCAUUUUUCCUUUCUCCAAUUAACUCACUCGAUGUGGGAGUUUCUAUUGUCGAUGAGCUCAACGAAGAAACUGAAUUCUUCCCAGUCUCGCAAAUUGAGAAUAAAAUAAUUAGAAUUCCUUAUGAGGGUUCCUUUUUGCUAAUAAAUUUGCUUCAUUGCGAGACACCCAAGGAACCAAAUUCUAAUUAA